AUGACGAGCAGUGAUGAGCACUAUAUUACUGCCUUCAACGGCUUCAAAGCAUUGAGACUUCCUUACCAAGUAAGUGAAGACCGUGAGGAUCACCGAUCCUUUUCUAUGUGUUUGCUUCUUCCAGAUGCAAUUGAUGGGCUACCAGCUCUGGAGCAUAGGGUUUGUUCAGAGACAGGGUUUAUGGAUGCUCAUCUUAGUUCAUGGGAAAGUGUUGAAGUUGCCAUAAUUGAAGUGAAUGAAAAAGACACGACUGCUGCAGCUGCUACAGUUGAUGAUGGUAUGGCUUUUGCUUUGUUUGAAGAUUGUGUGAUUAAAAAGAAAGAAGACUUUGUGGCGGAUUACCCAUUCAUGUUUCUGAUAAAGGAAGAUAGGACCGGAACAGUGCUGUUCAUGGGACAUGUGCUCUAUCCUCUUGAUGACUGA